CUCCAUUGAUGGAUGACUGCUGUGUGGGCUCCUUCCCUGCUGCCUCUCAUUCCUCCUGGUACCAAGCCUCAGACAGCAGGGCAGAUAACGCUCACUGUGCACAGGGCUCUCCAGGCUCAGCGGCUCCGGAGACACUUCCUGCCAGGAGGGCAAUGCUGUGAGAAGGUGCUGCCUGCAUUGUGCUGAGCACAGCCUUCUGCCUCCAGCCUGAGAGCAAGAAAAGAAAAAGAAGAAAGAGAGAGAGAGAGAGAGAGAGAGAGAGAGAGAGAGAGAGAGAGAGAGGGAUUUCUGCCUCUUUGUAGCACCAGAAGGUUGCAAUAUAUUUUGUUUUGUUACAUUGUUUCCUUUCUUUUUGAAUUGUUUUGUUUUGUUUUUUUUUCUAUUUUUAUUUUUUUAUUUUGUCUCUUCCAAGUUGGAAUUUGCCGAGGAAUUUGGAAGCUACCUGGAUCCUUUUCUCAGGACUCUGAUGAUUUAAAGGGCUCAGCCCUGGAAACCUUCAUGGCUGUGAGGGGAUAUUUUAGCUUCUCCUUGUGGCUCCUGGUUUGGAGCAGCUUCUGCCAAGUAGGUGCCAAUGGAUGCCCAGCCUUGUGCUCCUGCAGCGGAACUACAGUGGAUUGUCAUGGGUUGGGACUUAAAUCGGUGCCAAAAAAUAUCCCAAGGAGCACAGAGCGGCUAGAACUGAAUGGGAACAACAUAUCGCGCAUCACGAAGAAUGACUUCUCUGGACUCAAGCAGCUCCGAGUCUUGCAGCUGAUGGAGAAUCAGAUUAGCAGCGUGGAGCGCGGAGCGUUUGAUGACAUGAAGGAGCUGGAGCGGCUACGCCUCAACCGAAACCAGCUGCAGGCGUUACCUGAGCUCCUCUUCCAAAACAACCAGGCGCUCUCCAGACUCGAUCUCAGUGAGAACAUGAUCCAAGCGAUUCCAAGGAAAACUUUCCGGGGAGCUACAGAACUUAAGAACCUACAACUGGACAAGAAUCAGAUCAGUUGUAUCGAGGACGGAGCGUUCCGUGCUCUUCGGGGGCUGGAGGUUUUAACCCUCAACAACAACAACAUCACCACAAUUCCAGUUUCCAGUUUCAACCAUAUGCCGAAACUGAGGACAUUCCGGCUACAUUCCAACAACUUGUUCUGUGACUGUCACUUGGCCUGGCUUUCUCAGUGGCUUCGGCAACGACCAACCAUUGGGCUCUUCACACAGUGCACAGCGCCGUCCCAGCUCCGUGGCCUUAACGUGGCAGAAGUCCAGAAACACGAGUUUAGCUGCUCAGGUCAGAAUGAUCCGUCCAGCACUCAGAUCUGCAGCCUCUCCAUUGGCUCCUGUCCGGCAAUGUGCACAUGUAGUAACGGCAUAGUGGAUUGUCGGGGGAAAGGUUUGACUGCAAUCCCAGCAAAUCUCCCGGAGACCAUGACCGAAAUACGUUUGGAGCUGAAUGGAAUCAAGUCGGUGCCUCCCGGAGCCUUCUCUCCGUAUAAGAAGCUGCGCAGGAUAGACCUGAGCAACAACCAGAUCUCAGAGAUUGCCCCCGACGCCUUCCACGGCCUCCGCUCGCUUAAUUCCCUGGUCUUAUAUGGCAACAAGAUUACGGACCUUCCCAAAGCGGUGUUCAGUGGUCUCCAUGCCUUGCAGCUUCUACUUUUAAAUGCCAACAAGAUUAACUGCAUCCGAGCCGACACCUUCCAGGACUUGCAGAAUCUGUCUCUGCUCUCGCUGUACGAUAACAAGAUCCAGAGUUUGGCAAAAGGAACCUUCGCCUCCCUGCGUGCCAUCCAGACAUUGCACUUGGCUCAGAACCCCUUUAUCUGUGACUGUAACCUCAAGUGGCUGGCGGACUUCCUAAGAACUAAUCCGAUAGAAACCAGCGGUGCCAGGUGCGCCAGUCCUCGCCGACUCUCCAACAAACGCAUUGGGCAAAUAAAAAGCAAGAAGUUCAGAUGCUCGGCAAAAGAGCAAUACUUCAUCCCAGGAACCGAGGACUUACAGCUCAGCAGCGAAUGCAACAGCGACGUUGUGUGUCCACCCAAGUGCCGAUGUGAAUCCAAUGUGGUAGACUGCUCCAACCUGAAGCUGUCAAAAAUCCCCGACCGCAUCCCGCAGUCUACAGCUGAGCUGCGCUUGAACAACAAUGAGAUCACCACGUUAGAAGCUACCGGACUCUUCCGAAAACUCUCACAUCUCAAAAAGAUCAAUCUGAGCAACAACAAGAUCUCGGAAAUCGAGGACGGGGCGUUCGAGGGCGCAGCUUCAGUGGGCGAGGUACACCUCACAGCCAACCACCUGGAGUCUGUGCGGAGCGGCAUGUUCCGGGGUCUGGAAGGUCUGAGGACGCUGAUGCUGAGAAAUAACAAGGUGAGCUGCGUCCACAACGACAGCUUCACUGGGCUCCGAAACGUCCGGCUCCUGUCCCUGUACGACAACCAGAUCAGCACCAUCACUCCGGGGGCGUUUGACACUCUGCAGUCGCUCUCCACUUUGAACUUACUGGCGAAUCCUUUUAACUGCAACUGCCAGCUGGCCUGGCUCGGAGACUGGCUGAGGAAGAGGAAAAUCGUCACCGGAAACCCUCGUUGUCAGAACCCAGACUUCCUGCGGCAGAUCCCACUUCAGGAUGUCGCCUUCCCCGACUUCAGAUGUGAAAGAGGACAGGAGGAGCUGACCUGCGCUCCACAACUGCAGUGUCCGCAGGAGUGCACGUGCCUGGACACCGUGGUGCGCUGCAGCAAUAAGCACUUGUUAUCACUGCCGAAGGGAAUACCCAAGAACGUCACAGAGCUGUACCUGGAUGGCAAUCAGUUCUCAAUGGUUCCCAAGCAGCUGUCCACAUUCAAGUAUUUACAACUGGUAGACCUGAGCAAUAACAAGAUCAGCUCCCUCAGCAACUCCUCCUUCACCAACAUGAGCCAGCUCACCACGCUGAUACUCAGUUACAACUCCCUGAGGUGCAUUCCUCCUCUUGCCUUUGAGGGGCUCAGGUCCUUGAGGCUCCUGUCUGUGCAUGGAAAUGACAUUUCUACUCUACCUGAAGGGAUUUUCUCAGAUGUUUCCUCACUUUCCCACUUAGCGAUUGGUGCUAACCCGCUGUAUUGUGACUGUAACCUACGCUGGCUGUCGAGUUGGGUGAAGACUGGGUACAAGGAACCUGGCAUUGCCCGCUGCACUGGACCACAUGAAAUGGAUGGGAAACUUCUCCUCACCACACCAGCUAAAAAAUUUGAAUGCAAUGGACCAGCAAGCUUAAGUAUCCAGGCAAAGUGUGAUCCAUGUCUGUCCAGUCCUUGUCGUAACCAAGGCAGCUGCCAGAACGAUGCGGUGGAGUAUUAUAAAUGCGCCUGUCCACCUGGCUUCAAGGGUAAAAAUUGUGAGAUCUCACUUAAUGCAUGUUCCAGCAACCCCUGUGAAAACCAAGGAGUGUGCCACCCAAAAGAUGACGGCAGCGGGUUCAUAUGCGCCUGCGCUGAAGGUUUUGAAGGCCCAACGUGUGCGGUAAACAGGGAUGAAUGCAAGUACAGCGAUUGCGAGAACGGCGGCACCUGCGUAGAUGGCACCAACACGUACACGUGCCAGUGCCCGCCGCUGUACACAGGAGAAUACUGCGAACAGUUAAUGGACUUCUGCUCUGCGGAGCUCAACCCUUGUCAUCCCGAUUCCAAAUGCAUCACAACUACUGAGGGGCCCAAAUGUGAAUGUGCACCGGGUUAUGUCGGAGAGAACUGUAGCCUCAAUUAUGAUGACUGUAAGGACCACCGCUGCCAGAACAAUGCCCGGUGCGUGGAUGAGGUGAACGGGUACUCCUGCCAGUGCACAGACGGCUUCAGCGGGCAGCUCUGUGAAAUGCCGUCACAAGCGUCCACCCUGACAAACCCGUGUAAGCUGGCUGACUGUCAGAACGGAGCCAACUGCAUAGACGUGGGCAGCAGCGCCGUGUGCCAGUGUCUUCCUGGCUUUGGAGGGAACAGGUGCGAGAAACUCUUGAGUGUGAAUUUCGUGGAUCGAGACACCUACCUGCAAUUCACAGACCUACAGAACUGGCCCCGGGCAAACAUCACUCUUCAGGUCUCAACGGCCGAAGACAACGGCAUCCUCCUGUACAACGGCGAUCGCGAUCACAUGGCUGUAGAGUUAUAUCAGGGUCACGUGAGAGUCAGCUAUGACCCCGGAAGCUUCCCCAGCUCCGCCAUCUAUAGCGCAGAGACUAUCAAUGACGGCCAGUUCCACACAGUGGAGUUAGUUACCUUUGACCAGAUGGUUAAUCUGUCGAUAGACGGCGGCGCCCCGAUGACCAUGGACAACUUUGGGAAACAUUACACUCUUAACAGCGAAGCUCCGCUGUAUGUGGGAGGCAUGCCAGUGGACGUCAACUCCGCUGCUUUCAGACUAUGGCAGAUUCUUAAUGGGACCAGUUUCCACGGCUGCAUCCGAAACCUGUAUAUUAACAACGAGCUGCAAGACUUCACCAAGACGCAGAUGAAGCCCGGAGUCGUGCCAGGGUGUGAACCGUGCAAAAAGCUCUUCUGUCUCCAUGGCAUAUGUCAGCCCAACACUGUCAAUGGACCGGUCUGCCACUGCGAGACGGGGUGGACGGGCCCGCACUGCGACCAGCAGAUCAGCAACCCCUGCAUCGGCCAUAAGUGUGUUCAUGGGACCUGCAUGCCCCUGGAUUCUGUGACCUACAGUUGCCUGUGCCAGGACGGGUAUAAGGGUGCCCUCUGCAAUCAGCAAGGAGGAGAGCUGUAUAAUCCAUGCAAGAACCUGCAGUGCCAGCACGGGCGCUGCCAGAUCUCAGACAUGGGGGAAGCGUACUGCGAGUGCGACAACGGCUACGUGGGUGAAGUCUGCGAUCAAGAGUCAGAAUGCAGAGGCGAGCCCGUCCGCGAUUACUACCAAGUGCAGAGGGGAUACGCCAUAUGCCAAACCACGCGUACAGCAUCGUGGGUGGAAUGCCGUGGAUCCUGCAACAACCAGGGCUGCUGCACGGGAUUACGCAUGAAGCGCAGGAAGUACACGUUCGAGUGCAGCGACGGCUCCUCUUUCGUGGAAGACGUAGAGAAGCCAAUAAAGUGCGGCUGUUCCCAGUGUAUGUAGGAUCUCAAAUGGACUGGAUCGUCGUAGAUCAUACCACACCGGAUUAAAAAAAUGUACAAAAAAUUACAAAAAAAAAAAGCGGACAAUACAUUCUGUAAAACUGGACUCUGCUUCCCUUUCAGAUGUGUGAACAUCUUAAUGUCUGUGGCAUUCAGUUCUAUGUAUAAACAGUACCAUGGAGACACACA